AUGCAUCGGUUCGUCCUGUUUUGUAUAGUGCUUUUCGCUCAUUUGGCGAACAGCGAAGAAACGGAGAAAGAACUCGAAGAAGGAAGAGGCAAAGCGAAGUACGCGUUGUUAAUUCACUUCUUCUACGUCGUCGCGACAAAGCUGUUCGUUCUGAAGAUCGUGUACGGGGCGAUCUUCUACGUGCUACUGACGAAGGCGUGGCACUUCGUGAUAUGGCUCAUCCACUACAUGAAGGAGAAGAAGCAUUCGCACGAGCACCACUUCGAGCCGGAUCACGGGUAUCACCACGAUCACCACGAUCACCACGAUCACCACGAGUACUUCGACCACCAGCCGUACAGCGGUUACGGACACAGCAAGUCCGGCUACGGAAACAGAGCUCCAUCCCAGCCUCCUCACAACCAGAGGCACCAAAUUUACGACGCUGAUGGCUCCUACUCUGUUAAAACG